GCAUCCCAGCUGAUUUAACAACAACCGUUCCGGCAAUAGGGAUGAAAUAGUGCUUUUACUGGUUUCACGCGAAGUUUCGCAGAAGAUGUCGCGCGGGUCUAUUUUAGCGCUGGAUGGUGACCCCUUGGCCUGGGCGGCAGCAAGGAGGAGGGUAUGCUUUUUUAAAGAAGAGAAGAUCGACAUCGCGCGGCUAGAAUUUUUUAUUCUAGCGGGGGGAGACGGAGAUUGACAACUUGCCUGGUGCACUAUCCUGUAAUUCUGUUCCUCCAAAAAUUCUGUUCCUUCGGAGACUGACCACUAGACCAGAGUGUGUCGUCACCUUUAGUGCAGGCGAACAAAAGGUCAUCAGGUUCAAAAUAUUCCGAUGACGUACACGAGCAAGAAUCGAUCGAUCAGCAGCACUCCUAAACACUGCAUGAGGUAGCAAAAUAAAUAACUGGGAAUUAACGUCGCACGCAAGGACGAGUUCUAUCACAUAGUUUGACAAGAACCGUUACAUCAUCAGAAUUACAGCUGCUGCUAGUCAACUAGGGUUCUUAUCAUAUCUAGCCUAGGACUAAAACUCGGUUUGGCCCUCGAGCUGAUCUAGACUCCGGAGUGAAGAUCGUCGGCUGUGGCUUCUUGUGCUUCCCCACCAUGGCGGCCGGCCUCGUCGUCGUCAGUCGUCAAUCGUCAAGAGACGGCCAAGUACUACUGCUCUCAAAGAACAGCAGCUGGAAACUCGAAGAGCGAGGGAGCUAAGCAGACAGAUACAGCCUUCGCCCAGCGGUUGCUCCGAUUCCCGGCCACGGGAGAAGCAGCUAGCAGCGGCAGGUGUCUCCGCUACGAUUUGAACUCGUCGGGAUUGCACGCAUGUGUUUGCAAAAAAAAAAAAAAAAAAAAAGGUUUUCGCUGCUAGCAACCCUUGGAUGAGGUCCUUGCCGAGGGGUCGUAUAAACCUCGCCGUUCAACGGCCACGAUGCUACUAGGAGGAGCUGCCGCUGGUCUCUGCCGUUCAAGGGCCGGGCGCUCUUCUCCCGUUCCUGCUCCUGCCGCCGCUUUGCUUGUCCUGUCCCCCACCGCCGUCUCUCCUCCCACCGACGGCGGCCGCCCGCCGCCUGAGCGUUUCAUGUCCAGGCUCCUGCCCCGCAUCACACCGCUCCCCACCCACCACCUCCGCCGCCGCCGCGCCCAAAACCCACCCAUCUCCCCCGCGCUCGCGGCGUCGCUGGCGCAGGUCCUCGCCGCGCGCUCCACGGACCCGGCCUGGCCGCGCGCGCUCGCCGCGCUCCUCCCGUCCCCGCUCCCCGACGCCCGCCUCGCCGACGCCGUCGCCUCCCUCGCCGACCCCGACCACGCCCUCGCGCUCCUCUCCUGGUCCCGCUCCCGCUCCCGCCAUGAAGCAGCCGCCCUCCCCGCCGCCACGCCCCUCGCCCACUCCGCCCUGCUCCGCCUCCUCGCGCGCGCCGGCCGCUUCGACGCCGUCGACGCCACGCUCCGCGACAUGUCCCUCGCGGGUGCCGCCGCCGCCGUGCCCACGCGCGCUUGCCUCGGCGCGCUCGUGGCCACCUACGCCGACGCCGGGAUGGAAGCCAAGGCCGCCGAGAUGUGCCAGCGCGCCAGGGAGCACCACGGGACGCUCCCCGGGGCGACGCACACCAACCGCCUGCUCAGGCUCCUCGUGGAGCGACGCCGGUGGGACGACGCGCGCAAGCUGUAUGACGAAAUGCUCGCGGAGGAAAGUGGCGCGGACGAUUACAGCACCUGCGUGAUGGUCCGGGGCCUGUGCUUGGAAGGGCUGGUCGAGAAGGGGUUGAAGCUGAUCGAGGCGAGGUGGGGCGCAGGGUGCGUGCCGAAUGCCGUGUUCUACAAUGUUCUGAUCGAUGGGUAUUGUCGGCGCGGGGACGUGGGCAGGGGAAUUUUGCUCUUGGGUGAGAUGGAGGCGAAAGGGUUGUUGCCGACUGUGGUUACGUAUGGGACUCUUAUGAGCUGGCUCGGGAGGAAGGGUGAUCUGGAGAAGAUUGCUAGUUUGCUUUCGGAGAUGCGGGAGAGAAGGUUGCCCCCCAAUGUUCAGAUUUAUAAUAGCGUCAUCGACGCUUUGUGCAAAUGCCGUUCGGCGUCACAGGCAUUGGUGGUCUUGAAGCAGAUGUUUGCAGGUGGCUGUGACCCAGAUGCCAUCACUUUCAGUACUUUGAUAUCUGGGCUUUGCCAGGAAGGGCGUGUUCAAGAGGCCGAGCGUCUUCUGAGGGAGACCACUAGGUGGGAGUUGAACCCAAAUUUGUCUAGUUAUACUUCAUUGAUUCAUGGCUUCUGCGUCAGAGGAGAAGUGAUUGUUGCCUCCAAUUUGCUUGUGGAGAUGAUGGAAAGAGGGCAUACUCCUGACGUGGUCACAUUUGGAGCACUGAUUCAUGGUCUUGUUGUUGCUGGUCAAGUCAGCGAGGCUUUACUUGUCCGGGAGAAGAUGGCAGCGAGACAGCUUCUCCCUGAUGCUAACAUAUAUAAUGUAUUGAUUAGUGGCCUUUGUAAGAAAAAGAUGCUUCCUGCAGCUAGGAACCUUAUCGAAGAGAUGCUCGAGCAAAAUGUACACCCUGAUAAAUAUGUUUACACCACAUUGAUAGAUGGGUUCAUUAGGAAUGAGAGUCUUGAUGAAGCAAGGAAAAUAUUCGAAUUCAUGGAACAAAAGGGUAUCCACCCUGACGUUGUUGGCUAUAAUGCUAUGAUAAAAGGAUACUGUCAGUUCGGAAUGAUGAAUGAGGCAGUUGAAUGCAUGAGCACCAUGAGAAAGGUUGGGCGUAUCCCAGAUGAGUUUACAUACACUACACUUAUCGGUGGCUACGCUAAGCAAGGUAAUAUAAGUGGAGCUCUAAGCUUACUGUGCGAUAUGAUGAAACGGAGAUGCCAACCAAAUGUUGUUGCGUACUCGUCAUUAAUAAAUGGAUACUGCAAGCUAGGCGAUACAGACGCCGCAGAAUGUUUGUUCGGAAGCAUGGAAUCUCAAGGUCUGUUUCCCAAUGUGAUAACUUAUACCAUUCUAAUUGGUAGUCUGUUUAAAAAGGAUAAAGUGGUCAGAGCUGCCAUGUACUUCGAAUACAUGUUGCUUAAUCAGUGUUCUCCUAAUGAUUAUACAUUGCAUUCUUUAGUUACUGGUCUGUGUAACAGCAUGGCUUCUAUCAUCAGUUCACACUGCAGUAGUACUGUUAACUUGCAUGGCAAAGGUGCUCUUUUGGACAUAUUCAGGGCUCUGGUUAAUGACAGAUGUGAUCCAAGGAAUUCAGCAUACAAUGCUAUUAUAUUUAGCCUGUGCAUACAUAAUAUGCUUGGGGAGGCAUUGGACUUAAAAAAUAAGAUGGCUAACAAAGGCUACAAACCGGACUCUGCAACGUUCCUUUCACUUCUUUAUGGCUUUUGUUCUGUUGGCAAAUCAAGGGAAUGGAGGACUAUCCUUCCUAAUGAAUUUCAGAGAGAUGAGCUUGAGGUAGCCUCUAGGUACAAAAUAUUAUUUGACCAAUAUGUAGUAAAAUCAGUUGGUUGUGAAGUCUAUAGUGUUUUUCAGUUGUAUCUUGAAGAAUGUAGAUCCUCAAAACAAAUGGAGCUUAAAUUUGCUAAUUCUUGACUCCUUGUGUGAGCAUUUGCAAAGCAUUUGGAUUUCAACUUCAGCAAGUGGAGACAGUAAGAGCAGAAUUGUUUGUAAUACCAUACCUACAGAGGAUAUUUCUUCCAGCACUCAAAUUCGAUAGUGCUAUCAGCACGACUGGAUGUCCUGUUGAAAUGAUCUCUCGUGGAGGCUUCAGGUCAAGGUCUUGGGGGCAUUUUUCGUUCUGGUCAGCCUAGGAAGAUGCUGACUUCUCAUUGGCAUCUGGAAUGGAUCUCUAUAAAAAUCACCGUGUGCCAGCUUUUAAUCAAUAAAAAUACUUUGAACAGGCAUCUGAGAUGACCUGAUUUUCUGCUAAGGUGGAUUAUCAACAAGUUCUCUUGCAUUUAAGCUGGUGAAUAACUGUGUGUUAAGUGGGAGAGCCCUUGCUCAGGAUUUUGUUCAGAGCUUGCUGUUCUGGAUAAUACGUAUGUAUAUCGAUAUUGGAAGGGGCCUUAUGAAGUUGCUCUGGCUGUUGGAGUUUUCGUGUACAUAAACACUCAGGUAGCAGUAAGACUAAAGUGACAAUGUCGGAACGCUAAUUGAUCUUUCAUGAGCCUACUGAGUCGCAAGGUGGAACUCGGAGUUCUCCCUGUGAAGUCUGAACAAAAGAAGGUUGUGCUUCUGAGAAAGGUGAAGGAAGGGCGACUUACUCAGCUGCUUCAACUGAAAGUUGCAAGGGGUGCCAGAUGGCAGAUGUGUUACUGAUUUGGUUAGACCUAGUGAUCUUUCUCAGCCUCUCUGGGCUGAGAAUUUCUGAAUUUGACUCAUAGUGUUAACUGGAGAUCUGAUUAGCAACGACAGUCGUAGGAGCACAUCUGACGACAAUGGUAGGUCACUUCAAUGGCUUGUUCAGCACUUCAGAGCCAAAAAAAGAGAGGCAGGUAUCUGAGGCAGACAAGGAAGAGCAGGUUAACCGUUAACUCACCGGCGGGUAGGAAUUAAUAACAACUGCUCGAAUGGAGCCCAAAUAUCUGUAAAAAAGAUAACUGUUCUAGAGCUAUACCAUCACUGUUGUACAGUACUCGUCUGGAAUUAAGGAGAACAGAAAAACACUGCAAAAUAUGGUUAAGCAUUUUUUUCCCCAUCA